UCUGUUUGCAUAGUUCUGGUUAUAUUGUACAUCACCCUCUAAGCCUACUGCUUUAACAUGCUGAACGUCGGCCUUUUGUGUUAAUGAGAGCGGGGCAUUAUCGGAAUUGUAGUCAUUGCAACUGUGAUGAUUUGCGUAUUAUUUUCUUAAUCCCAACAAUACAAACGUUGAUGUUUGUUUCAGGCCCAGUAAAGACAUUUGUCUUAAAUCAACUUGUACAUCACUGCAUUUCCCGUAGGAUUCCCAUAAUGUUUUAGAUUUUUUUUUAACAGUUUAUACCUGUCCUGGGCAUGACAAAAUGCGGGAUAGGCAAAAUAAGUAGGCUAGUAUGUCUUCGCAACAUAUGUGUAAGCGCUGUAUCUAUCCACGUUGCGACAAUUAAUCUGGCUGCGUAAUCACGCAUGCGAUUGCACUGACCUACGAUCUAGACUGCUGUAAGGAUCAGUCUUCGGCUUUAAACAGUAUGUAACCUAGGCUUCUUGAACAUAUCCACGUAAUAGCCUGAAAAGGUGUGUAGGACCUGUGAUAUUAAGCAUGGAUUGGACUAUUGGACUGGAGAGAAUUCCCCGAAGUAAGACUGAACUACCUAAGGCCUCAAGCAAUGCCUCUGGACCAAUCCUAACUAUUCACCUGAACGAAAUACUUAAAUCAAAAGCUGAUGUUGAAAGGAAGCGUGUGCCUAUCCGCCCACCCAGUCCAAAGGCCUCUCAGCACAGGGUACUAGAGUUCAAUCCAGGACUUUGCUGUGAGCCCAUGCCCAAGCCCAUUAUCCGAAGACGUGCGCGCUCUCUGCCCUCCUCAACAGAGAGGAAAAGGAACACUCGUAAUGUCGGGGUUCGUUUUGUAGACUGUCUGGGUCUGGACUUAGAGGAUGUGAAAGUUUUCAAAACCGGAGAGGACCCCUUUGUGCCACAACAUGUCUCCUUCAAGCUUUUGAUGAGUGCAGAGAUGGCUGGAGGAAAGAACUUGGAAAUCUCAUUGCCGUAUCUGAAGCCGGUGUUCCCUCAGCAACCAGGGGACCGACCUGAAUUUCUCAGCCGCCUCCACCAGCAGAAGGUUUGUCUGGAGAGGGUUUUGUGUUUUGAGAUGGGCAUCAUUGGCAUUACUCAGGUUCUCAACCUCCACUUUGAAAAAGAGGUUUGUGUGCGCUACUCUUUCACAGACUGGAGAAGCAGCUCAGAAACCGUGGCCUCCUGGGUUUCCACCACCUGCGAGUCCUGGGACAGUACACAGAAGCAUCUCAAUUGUGACACUUUUCGUUUUCAUCUACCGGUUCCUCCCUUCCUGCAACCUGGAGCUGCUUUGGAAUUUGCCAUCCUAUACAAGGUGUCAGGGAAAGAGUACUGGGAUAACAAUGAGGGGCAAAACUACAAGUUGGUCUGUCACAGCUACAAGCUGACCGUGCCCAAGGAGUGUGAGGAUAGCAUGGUGCACUUUAUUUGAGCAAACUGGUUGCACUUGUGAAGAAAAGCCAGAGAUGCUCCUCGAGAUUUGUAUAUUUUUUUAGUAUAUGAUGAUGCACUAAAAGCAAAUAUAACAUGUAUUUACACUAUAAAAAUUGCAGCAUUUUUAUUAUUUAAAUAAUUAAAUUGGUUUCAGCUGGUGUUGCUUUUUUAUUUUUUAUAAAGCAAUGUACUAUAACUAUUCUCCUUUAAGAAGCCCACUGGUCUAGUUCUCCAGGUGGUGGCCACAGACAAUUGCUUACUCCUUAUCCUUCCUGACUGAUUCUUCUCUAGUUUUGCGUUUUGUAAGUGUCCUUGUCACUACUGGUAGCAUGAGGCGGUACCUGCAGCCAAUUCAGGUUGCACUGUCAGAAUUGCACAUCCGUAUGUACUGUCGCAAGAAAGUUUGCUGUGUCUCCCAGCAGUCUCGAGCAUGGAGGAGAUACCAGGACACCGGCCAUUACACAAGGAGAGCUGGACAGGGCUGUAGAAGGGCAGUACCGGUAUCUGCUCCUUUGUGCGAGGUUGAACAAGAGGAGCAAUGCUAGAGCCCUACAAAAUGAACUCCAGCAGGCUACUGGUGUGCUUGUUCGUGACCAAACUGUCAGAAACAGACUCCAUGAGGGUGGCAUGAGUGCCCAACUAGUGGGACCUGUGCUCACAGUCCAGCAUUGUGCAGCUCAUUGGCAUUUGCUAGAGAAUGCCAGAAUUGGCAGGUCCGCUGGGCACCCCAUUCUCUUCACAAAUGAGAGCUGGUUCACAGACGUGAAGAGUAUGGAGAUGCCAUGGUGAACAUUUUGCUGCCUGCAACAUCCAGCAUGACCGGUUUGGCGGUGGGUCAGUGAUGGUCUGGAGAGGCACAGACCUCCACGGGCUAGCCUACAGUACUCUGACUGCUGUUAGGAACCGGGAUGAAAUCCUCAGACCCAUCAUCAGCGCUUACGCUAGUGCAGUGGGCCCUGGGUUCCUCCUGGUGAAGAACAAUGUGUAGCCUCAUGUCUAGACAGUUCCUGGAUGACGAAGUCAUUGAUGCCAUUGACUGGCCCUCUCCUUCCCCAGACCUGAAUCCAAUUGAUUACCUCUGGGAUGUUAUGUAUU